AUGAGGCACCCUGCCACCCUGCCUGCCACCCUGCCUGCCACCCAGCCUUCCACCCUGCCUGCCACCCUGCCUACCACCCUGCCUGCCACCCUGCCUACCACCAUGCCUGCCACCCAGCCUUCCACCCUGCCUGCCACCCUGCCUGCCACCCAGCCUGCCACCCAUCCUUCCACCCAGCCUGCCACCCUGCCACCCAGCCUUCCACCCAGCCUGCCACCCUGCCUGCCACCCAGCCUGCCACUCUGCCUUCCACCCUGCCUGCCACCCACCCAGCCUGCCACCCUGCCUACCACCCAGUCUGCCACCCUGCCUGCCAUCCAGCCUUCCACCCUGCCUGCAACCCUGCCUGCCACCCUGCCUGCCACCCAGCCUGCCACCCUGCCUGCCACCCAGCCUGCCACCCUGCCAGCCACCCAGCCUGCCACCCAGCCUUCCACCCAGCCUUCCACCCUGCCUGCCACCCUGCCUGCCACCCAGCCUGCCACCCAGCCUUCCACCCAGCCUGCCACCCUGCCUGCCACCCAGCCUGCCACCCAGCCUUCCACCCAGCCUUCCACCCUGCCUGCCACCCAGCCUGCCACCCUGCCUGCCACCCUGCCUGCCACCCAGCCUGCCACCCAGCCUGCCACCCAGCCUCCUGCCACCCAGCCUGCCACCCAGCCUGCCACCCAGCUUGCCACCCUGCCUGCCACCCUGCCUGCCAUCCAGCCUGCCACCCUGCCUGCCACCCAGCCUUCCACCCUGCCUGCCACCCAGCCUGCCACCCUGCCUGCCACCCAGCCUGCCACCCAGCCUGCCACCCAGCUUGCCGCCCAGCUUGCCACCCUGCCUGCCACCCUGCCUGCCACCCUUUCUGCCACCCUGCCUUCCACCCAGCCUUCCACCCUGCCUGCCACCCUGCCUGCCACCCAGCCUGCCACCCUGCCUUCAACCCUGCCUGCCACCCAGCUUGCCACCCUGCCUGCCACCCUGCCUGCCACCCUUUCUGCCACCCAGCCUGCCACCCAGCCUGUUUGA